CCAAAGAUGGCAGCGUACAUUAGCAGAAGCAUAUUAGGGCUCGAGAGAGUCGCAGGAGUGUUAAGGAAUCCCAAGGUGAUCCAGGCGACGUGCUGCGUGGCGAAUCCCGGCUCCCAGCAGCGGCGGUGGCUCAACGUUCACGAGAAUGUCUCCUUCACCCUCAUGCAGGAAAUGCACAUUCCCGUGCCCGUCUUCGGCGUCAGCAAGACCCCCGAAGACGCAUACAAUGUCGCUCAGCGCCUCUCCAAGGAGUCUGGCUGCACGGACUUUGUGGUGAAGGCACAGGUCCUGACCGGAGGGAGGGGGAAGGGGUCGUGGAGGAACGGCAUGAAAGGGGGCGUCAAGCUCGUCUUCUCGCCAGAUGAAGUGAAGGACAUAGCCUCAAAGAUGUUGGGGGAGAUAUUGGUCACAAAGCAGACCGGGGAUAAGGGCCUUCCCUGCCAUGAGGUUCUAAUCUGUGAGCGCAAGUACCAGCGCAAGGAGUAUUACUUUGCCAUCAUCAUGGAGCGAGCAUUUCAUGGACCUGUGCUGGUGGCAUCCCCAAUGGGAGGGGUGAACAUUGAGGAUGUGGCCAAGGAGCACCCUGAGAUGAUCUUCAAGGAGCCGGUGGACAUCCUCACGGGGCUGAGCAUGGAGCAGGCCCUCGCCAUGGCCCAUCGCCUCGGCAUCGAAACCGACAAAGUUGAGGUCGCUGCCGACAUCAUCGUGAAGCUGUACAACAUGUUCAUCAAGUACGACAUGACCCUCCUCGAGAUCAAUCCCUUCGCUGAAGACACUACUGGAAAGAUGUAUUGUCUGGAUGCAAAGCUGAGGUUUGAUGACAAUGCUGAGUUCCGGCAGAAGAAAGUUUUCUCCCAAAGGGAUGUGACUCAGGAAGAUCCGAGGGAGGUUGCUGCCUCGCACCAAAACCUCAACUACAUCACCCUGGGUGGUGAUAUUGGGUGCAUGGUGAAUGGAGCAGGCCUCGCCAUGGCAACGAUGGACAUCAUUAAGCUGCACGGGGGGGAGCCGGCCAACUUUCUUGACGUCGGUGGAGGGGCUACUGCAACCCAGGUCAAGGAAGCCUUCAAGAUCAUCACUGCUGACCCCAAUGUGCAUGCAAUCCUGGUCAACAUAUUCGGUGGUAUCAUGAGGUGUGAUGUCAUUGCAGAAGGAAUCGUCGCUGCUGCCCACGAACUCCAACUCACUUUGCCCAUUGUUGUCCGGUUACAGGGUACUAAAGUGGAGGACGCCAAGGCUCUGAUUGCAGCUUCAAGGCUACGAAUCCUUGCCUGCGACAACCUGGACGAGGCCGCGCGGAUGGUAGUGAAGCUCUCACACAUUGUGACCCUUGCCAAGGAUGUCCAGGUCGAUGUCAAGUUUGAACUCCCACUUUGAACAUUUUUUCCCAGCUUUCUCCUUCAUGGGUGCAUUGUCAGAUUGCUCUGUCUGUAGUCAAGUUGGCCUCAUAGAUCAUAGGUCAUUGCAGGGGCCAACUUGAUUCUGGACAGAGUCUCUAUUUUUAAUGUUUUGGACUUUAGCACCCAUCCCAUUCACCUUGUAGUAGGUCAGUGGUUGAAUUUGUGCUUUUAGGCCUGGGAACCUGAGAUGGUCCUAUAGAUCAAAGGUCUUUCUGGUACACUUCCAUUUGUAACUGCCUUGCCGAACCUCCCCCCUAAUUGCCAUGGCAUUGAGGCCUGCUGUGGAUUUUCAGGAAUUUCAUAAUGCUAGCCAUAUUGUCGUCAAUAAAUUAUAUGUGUAUACGUGAA